GUUUUGUUAAGGAAAUGAAAACUGACGCAACGAAGAUGACUUCUGGAGUGACAGCAGACGGUACCAGCUCCCUGAAGCGGUUGAAUCCGUUCGUUGCGGACGAUGGACUGCUGCGCGCUGGGGGACGUCUCAGGAGGAGUAGUCUGCCCUUUGAAGUCAUCCAUCCAGUGAUCUUGCCGAAGGAAGGUCAAGUCACGAAGCUGAUUGUCUACAAUGCUCACGAAGAACUGCACCACGCAGGACGUGAAUCGACUCUCAGUGAGAUCCGGCACCGUGGAUAUUGGAUACUCCAUGGAAGGUCAGUGGUCUCGAAGUGCAUUUUGGGGUGCAUCCAGUGCCGAAGGAUCAGAGGAAGUCCUUGUGGCCAGAAGAUGGCGGAUUUGCCAACUGAGCGAACGGAAAUGUCGGAGCCUUUCGAGUUCUGUGGCGUGGACGCGUUUGGCCCGUUCUUCGUACGAGAGAAGCGCAGUGAAGUAAAGAGAUGGGGUCUGAUGUUUACCUGUUUCGCUUCCCGAGCUGCUCACCUGGAAGUGAUCAGUUCUCUGACCGCUGACUCAUUCAUCAACGCAUAUCGUCGUUUUAUCUGCAGGAGAGGUCCCAUCAGGCGUAUAUACUGCGACAAUGGAACUAACUUCAUUGGUGGGAAGAACCUGUUGGAGAGCGCUCUGAAAGAAGAGGAUCACAAGCGAAUCGCUCAGACACUCAGUAAAGACAACUGCGACUGGGUGGAGUUCGCAUUCAAUGUGCCAUAUGCGAGCCAUAUGGGAGGCGUUUGGGAACGCCAAAUCCGAACGGCGAGAACGGCGCUGACCAGUCUGCUGAGCGCUAAUGGUCAACAGCUCGACGACGAACUUCUGCAAACUCUUUUCGCCGAGGCUGAAGCCAUCAUCAACAGCAGGCCCUUGACCUACUGUAGCAUGUCCAGUAGUGAUACUGUGGAGCCAUUGACACCUCUCCAACUCCUCACCCUAAAAUCAAAGGUCGUCCUUCCUGCCCCUGGGAUGUUCUGCUCCGCGGACCUGUAUGGGCGACGACGGUGGAGGAGAGUACAGCACCUCGCCACCGAAUUCUGGACGCGGUGGCGACGCGAGUUCCUGCCGUCUCUGCAGGAGAGGCGGAAAUGGCAGCGGCCAGAACACAACCUGCAGGAGGACGACGUUGUCAUCAUGGUUGAUGACAGCCAACCGCGAGGCGCCUGGCCACUAGGCCUGGUUGUGGCGACGUACCCGGCUACGGACGGACUUGUGCGAAGGGUGCGAGUGCGUGUAAACGGUCAGGAGUAUGACCGCCCCGUGCACCGUCUCAUUUCUCUCAUGAGACGUGGGCAGUGUGAUUCCCAGUCGGGGAGUCAGUGAGUCGAGCAGCGGGGCUGGAGAUUUCAGCUCGCGAUCUUCGACGGAGCUGGAACAGAGUGGUUCGUCGAAUCGGCCGUUGCGGUUUUUGCGCGGACUUUGGGCGAGUGCUGAGACAACGCGGCCAGUGAUUGCGGCACCCGGCGGAGCGGCUGCAAAGAACUCAGCUGUGAUGGGGUGUUUGCGGAAGUUAUCUUUAAGUUUGUUAAGUGCGCCUCUGUGCAUCCGGGAUUUGUUCUCAGGAUCAUAAAAUCCUCACCGGAUUUUGGGGAGCCAUGUUACCGCCGAGAGGGGGAAUUGAAGGAAUAGGAGGUGCCAGUUCAGUUUAUUGCUUAGGGCAUGCGAAUGUGCAACACUUACCUGUGCAUGUCUGCCUGCGGAAUUUGCACUGCAUGGGAUGUUGGGACGUUUGCUUUGUGUUGCAAUCGUGGCUGCCGGGUUUGCUCACACAUGUUUUGCCUUCUCUUACAGUGCAAACGUGCUAAAGUAAUUGUUCAUUGAUGACAGGCGUAUUGUGGACCAUUGAACUCCUUCAUCUUGCAAACGAACUUUUACGUGACAAAUGAAUGGACUACUGCUGCAAUACAUCACUGGGGCAAUCCUAA